CAUUCUUGUCCAUCAUCUUCUCUUCUCCUUCCAAACUUUUGAGUUUUUCAAAAAAUGUCGAUGACGAUUGUAUUCAAGCAUCCAGGAUAUCCCGAAAAAAAAUGGCGAAAAGGAUUCAAAAUUGCAGGUGGUUUUCCAGGAGUUGAUGUCAUAAGUUGUGGUAUCAUGGACGACGUAUUUGCAGUGAAGGGAGAAAAUAUUGAUCAAGAUAAGUUACUGGAGAAAAUAAAAAAGGUUUUAAAAUCUGUCGAAAUCAUUGAUCACACCAAAUACCCUCCGGAUUAUUUUUUCUAUGAUUUCUAAUAAUGAUGUUUAUUUUUCUUUGGGC